AGAAAGUGAAGCAACACUGGGACCUUUGUUGGGCUGUGAGAUUAAACCAAACAGGAGCAAAAAGAAAAACUGCAAAGUGAUAUCACACAAGAGAGUCAGUGAGACCCGGACCAGGAUGGAACACAGAGCAGAGCACGUGCCCAUGAAUCCCGGUCCUUACCCGUACCAGGGACAGACCACCGUCGUUACCAUGGCCCCGAAUGUGCUGUCGUUCCGGGACCACCUGCUCUGGUCCAUCUUCAACUUCUUCUACCUGAAUUUCUGCUGCCUCGGAUUCGUGGCGCUGGUCUACUCGGUCAAAUCUAGAGACCGGAAGUUGGUGGGCGAUGUAGAAGGAGCUCGGCAUUAUGCAGCUACAGCCCGAACACUCAACAUUGUGACCACAGUGCUGAGCAUCCUUGUCUUUGUACUUUUCAUUGUGUUGGCGUUCGCCGGCAUGUUUCGUGCGAUGCAAAUCGUACACCGUGAUUACCCUAAAGGUUGGCAUUGAAGUGAUGGUGGCAGCGCCUCAUCAUUGGUAGCGGGAGCUGUUUUGUGACAGAAUUAUUUUUCACACCUUGAUGCACUCUGUCCGUUAUUGAUUCUUUCUAUCUGCAAUGUCCGUGUAGUGCUGGCAUGUUUGAUGUGAUCACUUUGCAGUCAUACAGAUUUAUUUUCUCUAAAACAUGGCCUUGAUUGUAUUAAUAAAGAAAUUGACAAAA